UUUCGAAGAAACAAUUAUUUCGCAUCCUGGUUGGAAAGUAUUAAAGCGACAAACAUUCGUCUUUAAUGCAAUUGUGGCAAGACUUCAAAAGAAAUCAACAAUGGACCUUUUACUGAUGAUUCUGAUAAAUGCUUUUUUCCUUUCCGCUGUCAUGGCCAAUAUGGAUAUGAAAUUUGGGUAUGACGUUAUUGAAGGAAAUGCCAGAUAUUCGGAAAACAUAGAAACAAAUCUAGAAAAGAAUGUAGUAAAAAUUCACACCCCAGCACACAAUGAUGUUAUGGAAUCGUACCAAAUUCAAGAUUUCAGUCAGGGUCAGCAGAUGAAAUGUCUCCCUUCCUUGGAACAAUGUAGACUCCGGGACAUAGACAGGGCAACAGCAGGAGAUGCUGGUCAAGUUACAGAGGGAUUUAUUCACAGCUGGAACAAAGGAGAUAAUACCAUCAAUAGUGAGAACGAAGAAGUGGUGAAGGAAAUGUUUUAUGUAAAUUUGGAUGAAGUUAUUGAUGUCAAUUUUCUUGCAGGGGCUUUGAAAGAUUUUUAUCAGGAUUUUAAAUACCCUGUGUAUAUGGAGAAAAAGAUACCACAAGAUGCUGAAAUAUUAAAUAUAACAGGUUCUGCAGGUGGUCGUGUUAAAAGGCAAAUGAAUACGCUUAAUAAUGAAUGCAAGGGAAAGAAACCAAAGACAAUUUUUGGUAUUGAUUCAGGAAGAAGUUGCAAUCAUCUUAAAAUGUGUCAAACAAAGGAACUAAGAAAUGGGCAGUGGAUACUGACGGAUUGUGGCAAUACACACAUUACUUCACCAUUAGUCUAUAUUUGCGUGUGCUGUCCUUGGGUAACAACAAUCGAUAGAAACGGAAAUGAAUGUGCAUGUUCAAGAAUGCAGGACUGGUAGAAUAUAGUAAAGAUAAACACUCCAAAUAACUGAAUAAUUUUCUUAUCCGAAUAAAAUACCUUUGCAAAUUGAA